AUGAUAUAUAUUUUCUACAGUAAAUUUUACGUUAUUGGUGUUGCUGGUGGAAAUGCGAUAACUUUUCAAAGAGUUAUUGACGUCAUAUCAGAAACGCUCAACAUUAUGGCUAAUUCUCAGGGUGAUUGUAACAACUUUACUUUCGGUGCUAGUGGUAAAGAUCCGGUUACAGGUGUGGCAUCUCGAGGUUUCGGGAACUACGAAACUAUUGUGGCAGCUACAGUGCUGGUGAAGAUUUGUGGAUAGGGUUUGGAUGGGAUGGCACCACUGCCGUUCAUACAAAUAUGACAAACACCAGAAUGACCGAUUCUGAAAUUUUUGAGAGGAUGUAUCCUGUUAUUUUAAAGGAGUUCCUAAUAAGAAUAGUUGUAGUUUAUGUGAAGAUUAACAGUUGGCCUGGACUUAUCAGUAUCAAAAUCUUUGUAUUUGAGUUCAAGCUCGCUAGAGAGAUCAUCCAGCCAAUUCCUGAGCUGAUUUAG